AUGACAACAUCUUCAAUUUAUCCUCAAGUUAUUUUUAUUGGAAUUUCAGGUCCAUCUGGUUGUGGAAAAACAAGUUAUGCUACUCAUCUAGUCAAUCAUCUUCAUUCGCCUUUCAAUAUUAUUCAAUUAGAUCAUUUCUUUUAUCGUAAAAUAAAUAUUAAUCAUCCUAUUCUUGGUCGUAUUGAAAGUGAAGAAGAACCUGAAACUUUACAUGUUGAAAGUUUAUUAAAACUUUUACGUCAAAUAAAACAUGAACCAGAAAAAAUCACUGCAUAUCAUCGAAAAAAUAGUUCUAUUAAAGACAAUAAAUAUAUAUUUGUUAUUGUCGAAGGUUUUAUUCUUUUUGCUUUAUCUGAUGAAUUAACUAAUAUGUUCGAUAUACGAAUAUUUUUUGAAUCAACAUUAUCUCUAUGUCGUAUGAGACGUUAUCGUCGUCGGCAAAAAAUUGAUGCACAAAUACCUGAUGAACAAGUUACAGUUUCAAAUAAAUUUCAGCAAUGGUUUGAUCAUUUAGUUUGGAGUGCAUAUUUAAAACAACGUGAUUUACAAUUAUCAAAAGCAGAAAAAAUAUUUCAUUCUGAUGAAUAUCAAAAUCAGGAAUAUAUACAAAUUGAUAAUUAUAUUGAUCAACGUUUGAAAGACUAUAAAUAA